AUGUUCGGACUGAGCUCCACUUCCGCAGUAGGCCAGCUAGAGCAGACGGUCGAAGCGAAGAAACAAACCGUCACAUCGUCAACGCAACAACUACAAGAGCUCGAGGCGAGGCUGCGAGAGACCGAACAACGACUAGCGCAGGUGUAUGGCGGCUCGUCACCACUGAAGCAACCUGGUGUUGCUAGCAGUGUUCCCGGCAGACUACAAGCACAGCAAGCAAGCAGUGGCGCAGCGGCAGCAUCCUCAGCCGAGCCAUCAGCUGCGAGGAGGCCGCAGAAUGCGAGAGAGGACACGCAAACGAUGAUUGCGGGCAUGCCUGGAGCAUUGCCUCAGACGCCGAGGGGAUACAGUAGUGGAAGCCAGGAGUAUGUGAUGGUUGAUCGGAACGCGCCGAGGUGA